CCAACAUCUGUUAACCAUCUGCUUUGGGCUGCUGAUUUCAGUGUCGAGAUGUCUACAGAUCGAAUCUCUGCAGCACCACCAAACAAGAAGAGGAAGGCAGCACACAAAGAUGAGGGCAUUCCUGCUUUGAAUCCAACUGUUACUGCUCCUUCUGCUUGCAAACCCAGAUUUCUAUCAUGUUCAAAAGAUUCAAAAAAGGACUACAAUGAUUGUAACCAGGUUGAAUUGGAUAGUACCAGUUUUGGCAAUGGAGAUGAUGUGGGAGGUAAUGAAGAGUGCCACACACCCAAAGGCGAGGAGCACCGUAUACCUCAAAUUUUAUCAUGCCCACUUGCUCCAAGAAAACCCAGAUCCACAGAAAAGAUAAAGACCAUGGGAUUCUUUUCUCUCACUCUUCUUGAGCUGCAAUUGUUUUAUAAUCUCUCGUAGCCCAAAAUGUUUAGAUUUGUUGGAGCACUAGAGAACAUUUCAGAUUUCUUGAAGAACAUUUGAUAUCAUGUAAAAUGUAUUAUCUUCUUAUGGAAGUUUGUAUCUCUAAUUUUGUUCUUAUACAUGAAAUCUAUAUUUUCAUCAUAGAAUUGUAGGGCAAUAAUCUUUGGGAAUGCCAAACGUAUAGAACAGGAAAUACGUCUGUCUCCAUACAUAUAUGUACAUGUAAUGUAUGGGAAUGCCAAACAUAUA